AUGAUCGCCAACACCCGAGGCUUCUUGUGGUCCGACCUGGAGACGCGAGCCCUGCUGGGCAUCUGGGGAGAAGCGGACGUGCAGUCAGCGUUGGACGGGAACUUUCGGAACAGCCAUGUGUACCGGGACGUGGCGUGCAGGCUUGCCCAGGUGGGCUUCGAUCGGACCCCGGAGCAGUGCCGCAUCCGCAUCAAGGGCUUAAAGCGCCAAUACUACCAGGCGAAGGACGGGCUCCCCAAGGGUGGGCCUGCGCGCAAGGCCUGCAAGUUCUUCGACGAGAUGGACCGUAUCUUGGGUGCCCGGGCCGCUGCCGGGGCCCCUGCGCCUCCCCAGGGAUGUCCCACGCCCGGGGACGCUGCCGGCCAGGGCCAGGCUGCUGAGAAGGACUUGACCGGCGAGGGCUCCUCUUUCGGCGAGCAUCCAGUCAAGGUGGAAUGUGCCCCCUUCGCCAUCCCCGUGCCGCCUGGAGACGGCUUUAAGCAUAUUGGUGCUCAGACCAGCACACCUCAUCUUUCUCAACCAAAAAGAUCAAAAAAGCGCCAUACCAGUAUACCUCUUGACAAGAUGAUGGGGAAACUGUUACAGCAAAGUGUGGAUGCAGAAGAGAAAUUUUUCAGAUAUGAAGAGCAGAGGCUGAAAAUGGAGGACAAGCACCGGGAAGCUGAGCGCACCAGGGAGCUCCAGAUGUUACAGAUGUUGGGGCAAGUGUUGGCUGGGAUUUCCUCAGCCGUCUCGCAGAGGGCCCAGUCCAGACCACCAAGCCCACCGCAGCGGACACACCACCGGGCAUAUGGAGAUGACAUUAGUUUUAAUGCUAUGACAGCAGCUCUUUCUCCUCCCCUAGUUUUAGAAAGAGCAUUUUCACUACAUAAAGCACAUUCAGUAAAGGAUAUGGAAAAUACUUUUCAAUUGGUGAGAAAUAUUAUACCUCCUCUAACUACCAAAAAGCACAAAGGAGAAGAUGGAAGAAUAGGCAUAGUUGGAGGCUGUCAAGAGUACACUGGAGCUCCGUAUUUUGCAGCAAUCUCAGCCCUCAAAGUGGGUGCAGAUUUAUCCCACGUGUUCUGUACCAGGGAGGCCGCACCAGUGAUUAAGUCAUACAGCCCGGAGCUGAUUGUUCACCCCGUACUUGACAGUCCUAGUGCUGUUCGUGACGUGGAAGCAUGGUUACCCCGAUUGCACACCCUUGUUGUGGGACCUGGCUUGGGUAGAGAUGAUACUCUUCUAGAAAAUGUUAAGGGCAUUUUAGAAAAAUCAAAGGCCAAGGGUAUCCCUGUUGUCAUUGAUGCGGACGGGUUGUGGCUGAUUGCUCAGCAGCCGUCCCUCAUUCAAGGUUACCGGAAGGCCAUUCUUACUCCCAACUACAUGGAGUUCAGCAGGCUGUAUGAAGCUGUGCUUAGAGAUCCCGUUGACAGCAAUGAUCAUCAUGGAGCUGUACUGAGACUCAGCCAAGCCCUUGGGAACCUGACCGUUAUUCAGAAAGGAGAAAGAGAUGUGAUUUCAGAUGGUGAACAGGUGCUUGUGUGCAGUCAAGAAGGAAGCAAUCGCAGGUGUGGUGGGCAAGGAGACCUGCUGUCGGGCUCCCUGGGCGUCCUGGUGCACUGGGCCCUGCUUGCUGGGUCUGAAAAAACAAAUGGUUUAAAUCCUUUCCUUGUGGCUGCAUUUGGUGCUUGCUCGCUCACGAGGCAGUGUAACAGCCAAGCCUUUCAGAAAUAUGGGCGCUCCAUGACCACCACAGACAUGAUCGCAGAGGUUGGAACUGCAUUCAAAAAACUCUUUGAAACCUGA